ACCUUUGUGAUAAAAGAUAGAAAGACUUAUCUGUCAUUAUUUGUCUUCACUUUUUCUUUCACUGUUACUGUUUUCAGUUCAGCAUUGUGAAAUCAUUUCAAGUUUAUUUUCGUUUCCACUUUAAUUUGAGUAAUCUUUCCGCCGUGUUUGGUCCUUUGUUCCCCGUUACUUGUGCAUGGACGAAAUUUUGCAUCUUCAAGUCUCACUGACCUCUCUUUCACGCUAUUGUUCUCCCGUUUUGUGAUGAUAUAUCUGCAAACUUUCUCUCCAUCAUAACUUUUCAAAAAUGGAUGAUCUGGACAUGAGUUUGUCUUCAGAUCAGACUGAGAAGGUUUUACAGUUUCAGGAUCUAACCGGUAUUGAAAACGUCACUGUCUGUAGAGAUGUGUUAAUAAGACAUGGCUGGAACCUAGAGUCAGCCGUCCAAGAUCAAUUGAACAUUAGAGAAGGCAGACCAACUGUAUUUGCAUCAGAUUCUGGACCGCCUGCAGUCAUCAAUGAUCCGAGCAGACAGCAUGUUUUCUUCUCUCCACCUUCAAACUCACCUGCGAGGUGGGGUGGCCCUUUUGGAGCCAUCAUAUCCCACCUGUAUAACCUAUGUUUUGACAAACUUCUUUCGUUGACGAAUUUUAUCCUGAGUCUCUUUUGGACUGAUCCUAGAAAACAGGUAACUGAUCCAUUAGGUGACGUUAUGCGUUUCAUCAACUAUUUUGAAAAAACAUUUGGGCAAAGUCAUCCUGUCUUCUAUCAAGGUACUUAUAGUCAAGCACUGUCAGAUGCAAAACAAGAGCUCCGCUUUCUCAUUGUCUACCUGCACUCAGAUAACAAUGCAGAUUGUAACACGUUUUGCAGGACAACUUUGUCAAAUGAAGAUGUAAUAUCCUACAUAAAUCAUAGCAACAUGUUGUUCUGGGCAGUGAAUGUGUCUUCCGGGGAGGGUUAUCGUGUUUGUCAUGCCCUCCAAGGGAGCACUUACCCCUAUAUUGCUGUUAUCAUGCUUCGAGACUCGAAAAUGACCCUUAUAGGAAGACUAGAAGGGCCAAUGGAAUCAGAUGAGCUCAUUCGACAACUUCAAUCCAUAGUAUCUGCUAAUGAGGCAUGUCUAGUUGCUGAGAGAGCCGACAGAAUGGAACGUAGCUUUAAUCAAACUCUUCGAGCGCAACAAGAUGAAGCGUUCCUUGAAUCAUUACGUGCAGAUCAAGAGAAAGAACGCCAGCGUCGGAGGGAAAGUCAAAGGAAAGAAGAAGAAGAAAGGCAUCAAAGACAACUAGAGGAAGAAGAAAGGUGUCGCAGAGAAGAGUUAAAGCGGAAGAAGUUGGAACUAAGAUCUCAAGUGCCUGAUGAACCUGCUCCUAGUCAUCCUGAAGCCGUUAGCAUUGUAUUCAAAUUGCCCAGUGGUGAUCGUCUUGAACGCAGAUUUCUUAUUUCACAUACCCUUAAGGAUAUUUAUCAUUUUGUAUUCUGCCAUCCGGACUCACCAGAUUCCCUAGAAAUUGCAACAAAUUUUCCAAAAAAAAUUCUCAAUAUAGAAGAAGAUGCAGCAACAACUCUAGAAUCAGCUGGUUUGAAAAAACGUGAAGUGCUUUUUGUGUACGAUCUUGAGGCAUAAUGAUUGUUGUUUGCGAUGGGCUCAUUGUGUAGGAGAAACAAUCUCUGUGCUCUUUUUCCGUCUUUUUUUUAUUCUAUUUCUCCAGUAUUGUCAUCUUUACUUUGCAUUUGUUCAAAGAUUUAGCACGUUCUGCCCUUCUUUAAAUAUGAAGGCAUGGAUGGACUUUCAAUCAAUCUCUCUCUGGGACCUACCUUUAUGCAUUUCCUUGUUUAUCUUUUCUUUUCCGGGCUACGACAUAAUCUAAAGUUGAAGUUUCAAAACUGAAACUUGCUACUGUUCUGGCAACAUAAUACCUAUGAUGAAUUUGAAUAAAGUUGUCUGUUGUUCAGGGCAAAUUAUUUAGUAAGCCAAAUACUAUCUGUGGUUCUACAGGAUUACCGUGAAACUGAAAUAAUUUACUGCGAUUUUGAGGCACUAAUAAAAUAGCUGGAAAAAACUUGUCUUCUUCAGUUUCUCCCAAUUUUUUCUCACGUUCAUAACCAUCCUACUAGGUACACAAGAAGGAUUAUGAAUAUCAUAUCCACCAAAAUGUUGCGGGGGGAAUCUCACCUUGCCAAGUGGGCACUUGCAUACUUUAAAAUGUCAAAUGUGUUGCAUUUGGAAAUUUUUCAUUAUCGAGCAACUAUUAUGAGAUUUAUACAUCCGUUCCCAAGUGCAAAAUCUUAUGGUGCACCAUUAUAAGUCAAUUUAAACUAAGGUCAUCUUAUGUUGAGGACAAAUGAACUGCCAUAUUCUCUCAAUGGAAACUUGCUUUAAAAGGUAUAUUGAGUUACUUAUGUGUCUUGAAUAAUUUUACGUACCUUGAGUGCUCCACAAAACUUUAAAAACAAGCCUAAGUACAUAAUCUUUAAAGAAGAACUCUCCAAGUUUCUGCUUUGAGUAUGUUUGAAAUUUAUUUACUGACUCUUAGAAAGGUUUUUUUUAGAAGUGUUUUUUAAUUUAUUUUUUCUAAUGGAAGUUCCCAUUUGAAGUUACUGUCAAUCGAAUCUUGGCUGAAAAAAGUUAACAUUGUGUUUGUUCACUGUAUUUCAAGUUAUGAUACAUGCUAAGGCUCUCUGUGCUAAGGCUGAGAUGUCAAUAAUGUUAAUUUGUAAAUUAAAUAAAAUUUCAAAAUGGCA